GCCCCAUGCUGAGCCUUCCUGCACAGAGGCCUCAGCUCCCCACUGUCUAACUACUGACUGACUGACUGGCUGACAGAUGCCUGAACUGCACAGGUCAACUUUACUUCCAGAAAUGACCUUGUUUCAGGAUAACAUGCACACAUCAAUGAAUUCUGCACAUAUAUCUGAUUCAGCAACAUCCAUUCACUUCAACAGAAAGCUCCUGUUCUCAGCCAAUCAAAAAUUUAUCUCCUCUCGGGGUCAUAGGCUCAGCCGGCUGAAUACAACUGCCAGUCAGACCGACUUGUGGAACAUAAAGCCCCCUGACUUUACCCCGAAACUGUACAGGUCACUAAGCUUACCACAGAUUAAAAAGAAAACCCUUGACCCGGCCAUACCCAGAGAGAGUCUGAGACAAACAUCUCUAUUCCUUUUACCAAACCUGGAAAAGAAGAUGACUGAACCAUCGUUUAUCAGGUCGUAUAAAGCCCCUGACCUGCUGGAGUCACAGCUGCUGUUUGUGAAGUCAGGACAGUAUCCCAACCUUCCUUACAAAAACCCAAAACCCCACAAUUUUAGACCAUGUGCUGACAACAUGCCUGAUAUGGUCACCACCAUAGAAAAGGAUCCUGGGAAUUUGAAGUUUAAGUCUCAGUACUUGGAAUCAAAAAUUGUUGAACCCAGCCUUUGUCAGAGAGAAGAACUGAGAAAAAUAGACACCUUCAAACCAGCAGAACUCAAGUGGGAUUCCAAACUCAUACUGCCAAAAUCCCCCUGGCCACCGAAGUCAGCUUCAUACACGAGGCAUCGGCGCAGAAGAGGAGUGUACAGUGCUUUUAUGGAUCGUGUGGAGGAGAAGCUCACCAGGUCUUGGAUGAAAGAAUAAUGAGACAAAAUCAUUUUAAAAACCACAGUAGAGCUGUGAAGUGGACUGUAGAAGGAAUUUAGACAUUUUAAGUGAGAUUCCAAACCACAGGAAGUGGAAGCUUUCAGAUAAAAGGGAACUUCAGAGAACAUAGGAAGUAGUGAAUAUCAGUUUAUUACUUCAUAUGAAACUGAUUUUUUUUACUCAUCUGUCACAACACAAUGGAAACAUCACAUCAACCUGUUGUAUACCCAUAAAAUCACAUUUAUUUCCAUUUUACAUACAAAAAAUGAUAGACUGCUGCAGCUCAUUUGUUUGCUAGUUACUUUAGCAGGCAAAGAAGCUGCUGAAGAAUAUUGUUAACCCAGCUAGGGCUGGACAAAAUAUGAAUAUGAAUAGAAAUUAAUAAGUGGGGAUUUACCUAAAUGAUGUAUAUUCCCUUAGCCAGUAUUAAAUACUUAGUAUGUACGAAAUGCUUUGGCACUGCUUAAGAACCCUGUGGAAUGGAAUUCAACUUGUGUUACAUUGGUCUUACAGUGGUCCUUUCUUUCAUAAUAAAAUGUCAGCUUGUUUGCACUGUAGUCACCGCAGGUACAAAAUAAAAGUCAAAUCAAGGUU